AUGGAUACGAAGGGGGAAACUGGACAAAAAUUGAAAAAACAGUAGUAAGAAUAAAGUAAAACCAAAAUCCACUCCUGGUUUGAGUUUGAACAGAAUUGAGAAUACAUAUGGAAACAGCAGUAGCAGCACCCAGUUGUCCUUCGACUCCUCGUUGGAAUGUGGAGAGGCCUUUCCUCACUGGCCGUUUCCGUCAGGAAACAAAAGCAACCUCAAGGCUUACUGAUUCCAAGGGAUUCUCCUUUAGCACCCCUGGACUGGACAAGGCCAUUGGCUGUUAUGAUGCUGCAGUGCAGGAACUUAUUGUCAUCGAUGAUCUCAUGUCUGCUUUGGUUGGAAUUGAAGGACGAUAUAUUUCAAUUAAAAGAGUCCAUGGAAAGGAGGAUGAUAUUACUUUCCAGCUUGAUGCUUCAAUGGAUUUGGCACUCCAGGAAUUGGCUAAACGGAUGUUUCCAUUAUGUGAGAGCUAUCUGUUGAUUGACCAGUUUAUUGAGUCAAGGUCACAAUUCAAGAAUGGUGUAGUGAAUCAUGCCUUUGCUGCUGCACUCAGGGCACUGCUUCUAGAUUAUCAGGCCAUGGUGGCACAGCUUGAACACCAAUUUCGACUUGGAAGGCUUUCCAUACAAGGAUUGUGGUUUUACUGUCAGCCUAUGAUGAGUUCCAUGCAAGCGUUAUCCAUUGUGCUAAAGAAGGCUUCAGCAAAUAAUUUUACAGGUUCUGCUGUCCUUAAUCUUCUGCAGAGCCAGGCUAAGGCCAUGGCUGGUGAUAAUGCAGUGAGGUCAUUGCUAGAGAAGAUGACUCAAAGUGCAAGCAAUGCAUACCUCGGCAUAUUAGAGAGGUGGGUGUAUGAAGGAGUCAUUGAUGAUCCUUACAGUGAAUUUUUUAUUGCUGAGAACAAAUCUCUUCAAAAGGAGAGCCUUACACAGGAUUAUGAUGCUAAGUAUUGGAGCCACCGUUACAGCCUUAAAGAAGGAAUUCCUAGCUUCCUUGCAAAUAUUGCUGGAACAAUUUUGACCACAGGAAAAUACUUAAAUGUUAUGAGAGAAUGUGGGCACAACGUUCAGGUUCCUUCCUCAGAAAUUUCCAAAUUGAUAAGCUUUGGCUCGAACCAUCAUUAUCUUGAAUGUAUAAAAGCCGCUUAUGAUUUCGCCAGCAGUGAGCUCUUAGAUCUCAUUAAAGAAAAGUAUGACCUAACGGGAAAGCUGCGUUCUGUAAAACACUAUCUUCUUCUUGAUCAGGGUGACUUCUUGGUUCAUUUCAUGGAUAUAGCUCGAGAGGAGCUCACCAAAAGGCUUGAUGAGAUUUCAGUGGAGAAGCUGCAGUCCCUAUUGGACCUUGCUUUGCGUACCACUGCAGCUGCAGCAGAUCCAUGUCAUGAGGACUUGACAUGUUGUGUGGAAAGAUCUUCUCUGCUUAAAACACUGGGCGUGCUGAAAGAUCUCGAAACAAGGGUUGUUUCUGAUAGUAAGGAUAUGGAGGAGCCAAUUAGCAUUACUGGUCUUGAUACAUUUUCUUUGAGUUACAAGGUGCAAUGGCCAUUAUCUAUCGUUAUUUCGAGAAAAGCCUUAACAAAAUACCAGUUAAUUUUCCGCUUUCUAUUCUGCUGCAAACAUGUGGACCGCCAGCUGUGCGGGGCUUGGCAAGUGCACCAAGGAGUUCGAGCGCUUACCAUGCGUGGAACUGCUAUCCCUAGAUCUGCUCUUCUAUGUCGCAGCAUGCUGAAAUUCAUCAAUAGUCUUUUACACUAUCUAACAUUUGAGGUUAUUGAACCUAAUUGGCAUAUGAUGUAUAAUAGACUACAGACUGCAAAAAGUAUAGACGAGGUUAUCCAGUAUCAUGAUAUGUUCCUUGAUAAAUGUCUCAGAGAAUGUUUGCUUCUUUCACCUGAAUUACUCAAGAAGGUGGAGAGGCUGAAAUCAUUGUGCCUGCAGUAUGCAGCUGCAACACAGUGGUUGAUAUCAUCUUCUAUUGAUAUUCCAAAGCUAGAGGAACCUUCUGAUGUUUCAUUCAGGUCAGAGAAGUCUAAGAAGCGGAUAUCAAGAGUACCAUCUCAAGCACUAAAAAUGACAACCGGAGUCACAACUGUUACAGAAUCUAUACUCAAAUUUGAAAGAGAAUUCAAUGCUGAGCUUCAAAGUCUGGGACCAAUCUUGAGCCGUAAUUCCCAAGCAGAACCAUAUUUGACUCAUCUUGCACAGUGGAUUCUUGGAUUUAAAAGUGACCAAUAAAUGUUAGUUUUCUUGUUAUGUCUAAUUGUAGCUUCCUAGUGUGAAUGCAUUUGAUAUGAUGCAGCAGGUUUUGCCAGUUUUUUUAUUUGCAAACUGAAUGAUUUGCAUCGUCUUUCUUCUCAUUGAGCGCUUACCAAAUUUGUAUUAUUUUUUGGCAGCUACAUGUUUUAGGCCUCUGUAAUCCGGUGAACUUGCUUUCUAAUACAUCUUGUGCUUUUGCCCGCCA